GCGUGUCUGUUCCUUACUCAACAGGAAGAAAAUGGCUUUCCAAAUUGUGAAGACGACUCAAAGUCUCACCACUGCUGAAGACAUGAGAAACCAAACCAAGCUUGUAAUGCAGCCCUACGCCAACUGGGAGGAAUACCUCACUCCUGCACCACUCUCUAUAGCUAUACUGGGAGAACUGGUCUUCAUCUCCUCCCAAACCGAUUUCUCUAUAAACAAAAACCCACCCAAAAAUGGCUACAAGCACAUCAAGUACCCAGAUUCAUUUCGCGCCUGUCUUAUGCAAGUGUGCAACUCUGGCUGGUGGGCUUUCAAUGAAGCUCACAAGAACAUGGAUCAGAUUCGGCUCCACACCAUGACGGUCCCAGACCACAUGAAGAGCGCUGUGAAGAUUCUGUUCCAGGGAAAUGAUGAAGUUGUUCAAGCUCAUCUUCCUGACCAGCUGGAGAACAUUCGUGUCAUUGCAGAUGACUGUCUUGCUCUGGCCGGAUCAACAGAGCAGCGUUUCACUGAUGUCAUCAAUAUUAUCCAGGAGCUGCUGGAAGCGUGUGUAAAUGCAGAGCACUUUUAUGGAGAAGAGCUGGAAGAAAUCAAGAAAAAACUAGAGGAGAACAAAAUGAGAAAACAGACAUCAGACGAAGCUGUUAAACGCUCUAAAAAGGCAUUAAAAGCCAUGGAAAAGGCACUGGAUGAAGCACAAGAAGACUACAAAGCAGCAAUGGAUUCCCUACCCAGUGGAUGGGACAUGAUUGGUAUGGAUAUUGCUGAAGCCAUGACUGAAAGCAUCUCAAAUAUUGUUACAGGAAUGACGUCUGUAAUUGCUAGUCCAGCGAACCUAAUGCGUAACACUUUAAAACUUACAAAUCCAGAGACACUCAAAGACGUGAAAAAACUGAAAGACUCUGCAGAUGGAGUUGAUAAAAUAAACAUCUACAGCAAGUCUGCAGAAAUCUUGAAAUGGGCAGAGAGGAUUCAGCAGUUUGUGCAGCAGAAUGACAUUGACUGGAAGAGCCUGUAUGAUCAGAAGAAGAAAACUGCCAAUACAAUGUUUCUGAAAGAACAGUUUAUAAGAAUCAACAACAGUUUACAAAAAAACCCAACCUGCAAUGCAAAGAAGCGUGCCCAAGAGAUAUGUAAAGAAGCUAUUGCCAUCUGUGAUGAAAUGGCAACAUAUGCACCAGAGGGAAAAUGUGAAGAAGCUACAACAAAGCAGCUGAUCCAGAAAAUCAGAAACCUGACUGAAUCAGCUCAAGCUUUUGACUCCAAGAGCAAAGAUGUUACAAAAUCCCCUUCUCUGACUCCGAAACCACCAAUGAUGUUUAAAGAAGAGAGUCAAUCUGAGAAGAUAAGCGCUUUCCAGAGGGCAACCGAGAACGCCAGGUUCCGCAUAGAGCAGAGCCGAGCUCAACUCAACAACACCAGAGAAACCUAUGAGAAGAGUGUAGAGAACAUGGAGAAGAACCAAAAAGAACUGACUGAAAUCCUGAUCAGCAUGAGAAACUGUGAGGUCAAAGAGAUAGACUUCAACACCACCAUACAGAUGCUGGUUAAAGGGAUGGAUGCGAUGGGGAGGGUGAAGGAGCAGUGGGAGAAGAUGGUGCGAUUCUUUCAGAUGGUGUCUAACAUUGUGAAAACCAGUCUGACCAGAACUCUCAAAAAUUUUGUUUCCACAGCUGAGAAGACUCAAUCUCUCUCCUACAACUCAAAGCUCUUUUCCAAAGAUCUGCUCUACAAUCAAGCCUUUCAGGCCACUAACAUCGCCAGCCUCGUCCACAUGAUCUCAGCAACCUACACUGACAUCUCUGAGAAGUACCUGAUGGAUCGGGUCAGCUCACUGGGGAAACUUAUGACCAUGGAUAAGGAAAAACCACAGUUUAAACAGGAGCGUUUGAAGCUGCAGAAAUCCUGUGAUGAAGCUCAAAAAGGCAUUUUGCGUCUCGUCCGUAAGAAUAAGGAUGAGUUUGAAAGGAAGACCAACGCAAGACUGGAGAAGAUCGAUAAAGAGCUGCUGGCUAUUCUUCCUGAAGCCGAUCCAGAAGUUGUGAAGAGUAUUAAAGCAGCUGUUGAGAGUGGAUUCACAGAGGAAGAAGAAGGAGCUUAUAUCUGAGUUAAUCAGCAGAAGGCUUCUCCAUUUAACUCCAAUACCAUGUUGAUGCUGAUAACAGCUUUUUUGCUUUAAUAUUUCACACAUUAAUUUGGCUUAAAGGACUUCUUUGCUAUUUUUUACCAUUGCUUUCAUAUCA